AUGCCUCAAUUAGUACCUUUUUACUUCACUAAUCAAAUAUUUUAUGGUUUCGCUUCAUUAAGCGUAAUUGUAUACUUAUUUUCAAUAUAUAUCUUACCACACUAUCUAGAGAUAUAUGUUACAAGAAUAUUUAUUACUAAAACAUAA